GCCUGGGUGAAUCCUGUAGGCGGCAAAGGCCCAGAGAGGGGAGGCCGAGACAAUGGAUGCGAAUCAGCCGAAGCAAGAGCAUCUGCUGGCCCUGAAAGGUCCUGUUUUCUUCUGAUCUGUGCAUCACAUGCAAGAAGAGAUUCUUGUAAAUAAGAUGUAUUACGCUGUAGAGUUGAGGAUCCUAAUGAAGAGACUGUUUCUUUUAUUAAGAAUAACUGGAUUCCUGCAGUACCAGCAUGGAAGUAGUUUUACACUAUCGACCAUUCCAGAAUGACCUCACAAAACUGCAGAAACUUGCAGAAGAAACACUGAAGGAGUUUCCUAUUCGGCAACUACCAAGAUUUGUUCCCUGGUUUCCAAAUGUUUCACACAAACUUCCGCUCAAGCCUAAAAGACAACCACCUAUUAUUUCUGGUGAGAAAGCAGAAGAAGUGAAACAACUUGUUGCAGCUUCAGAACCUUUUAUUGGGCGAUAUUAUGACUGCACAGUGGACCUUCUGGAGUUUCAGUCUAAUUUUAAAACUGGUCAAAGUUUAAUCCAGGCACAAACAGUGCAUGCACAAAUUAAUUCAAGCAAUCUGGAAGUACAAUCAGCAAACGAAAAACCAAAAUUGAGAAGGUCUUGGAGUAUCUCUGUCCCUAGUCCUAAACUUAAAGAAAAAAUUCUUCCUUUAUCUAGAGAACUGCAGAGUAAUUUAGAAAGAAUGAAGCUACAUGCAUUUUAUAGAGCAAAGUGGACAAUUGAGCAAUCUAUUUGUAAUAAUCAAACUCUAGAGGACGUUUGGAUAAAAUUGAACACAAUGAUCAAACACAAUGAAUUGCCAUCUUGCAAUGCUACAAUCCAAAGAUGUGUAGACCAGAUAUGGGUUUUCUGUGAUGUAUUAUAUAGUGAAUAUGUUGGCAAUCUUCUUAAAGAAAGAUUAAAUCUUAUUGGGAGAAUGAACUUGCUUGUACAUAAAUACGGAAUUAUAUUUAGUUUGUAAUUUUAAAACCAAAGGAAAUAUAAUAUUACUAUCUGGAAUAUUAGGGUUUGUAUCCACAAAAACGAAGAGGAGUCCGGUGGCACUUUAAAGACAAACAGAUUUAUUCAGGCAUAAACUUUCGUG